AUUGUGAUUUCUGUGGGAUGGAUGGUCACUUUGAGUCUCGUUGUCGUAAAAAGCCAGGCAAUUCUACUUUUCCACAGAGGUGUGAGACUAGGGAGUUUCACUCUCAGCAGUCACGAUUGGAGAAUAGACCUAUGGCUGCAGCUGUCGAUCAUGAGGCAUUACGUUCAGACUGUGACCAACCUUUCACUCAGGAGCAAAUUCAAUAGCUUCUUUCCCUUAUUCAACCAAAUAUCACAAAUUCUUCUAAUUCUAAUCCAUUAGUCAACAUGGCAGGUAAACUUUCUAGUUUUUCUCAAUUUCAUAUUCCUUGGAUUGUGGAUUCCGGUUGUACAAGCCAUAUUACUAGUAAGUUACAUUCUUUGCAUGACAUACGUCCUUAUCAUGGACUUCCAGUAAAGUUACCUAAUGGAACUCAUGUACCCGUUGCUCAUUCUGGUUCUCUUAGUUUCAACUCUUCCUUACAUUUAGACCAAGUUAUUCAUGUCCCUUCAUUUAAAUUUAACCUUUUAUCAGUUAGCAAAAUAACAAAAGCUUUAAAUUGUUCUGUUUUAUUUUUGCCUAAUUGUUGCAUUUUCCAGGACCUGUUAACGAAGAAGGUGAUUGGUUUGGCGAAGGAGCAUGAUGGUCUUUACUACCUAGACACCACCAACAACAAUUCACCAAAUAUUUCUCUUUCUGCAGCUACUUCACCCUUAGACGUUUGGCAUUGCAGGCUUGGGCAUCCUGGUUGCAGUACUUAUUCUCAAUUUUCCAAUUUAGAUAAGAAGAUUACCUUUUUCAAUAAUUGUCCUUGUAAUGUCUGCCCUUUAGCUAAACAAAGUCGAAUAAGUUUUCCAAAUAGUUCUAUCUCUACAUCUCAUUGUUUUGAUUUAAUUCAUAUGGAUAUUUGGGGACCUUAUUCUACUGCAUCCAUCACAGGGGCUCAUUAUUUCUUAACAAUUGUGGAUGACUUUUCUCGCAAUACUUGGGUUUUCUUAAUGCAACAUAAAUCUCAAACAUUCAG